UCUUAAACACCUUAUAACCCCAAACCGAAGGAACUUACUUAUCUCAUCUGUUUUAUCCGCUGUCUCAAUCUGUUGUCUGAUCAUCUGUUUGUCCAUCAAAUGGUAAUGGCUUCCCCAGAAGCAGGGCCAGGGAUCAAGCUAUUCGGAGCAACGAUUACGUUGCACGGAAUUCGACAAGUAAAAGAAAAAGAGCAAAACAAAGCCGAUCAUCCGACGGCGGAUAAGAGGCCGGACAAGAUCAUACCGUGCCCUAGAUGCAACAGCAUGGAAACCAAGUUUUGUUACUUCAAUAACUACAACGUUAACCAACCUAGACAUUUCUGUAAAGGUUGCCAAAGGUACUGGACCGCCGGCGGAGCCCUUCGGAACGUUCCGUUCGGGGCAGGUCGACGGAAAGCCAAGCCACCGGUUCGUGGUCUCGGUGGGUUCCAUGAAGGGUGUUUGUAUGAUGGGUCAAGUGAGGUGCAGCAGUUUGAGUUGGAAGGGAUGGUGUUGGAUGAGUGGCGUGUAGCCGCCGCGGACGGUGGUUUCCGGCAAGUUGGUCAACCGUAUUGAUAUUCAGUAGUAGUU